GUGAGGUUAUGUGCCUAGUGCAAUGAUAAUUAUAGAGCGCCCAUCGUUUCCUCAUUGCAGAGAGAUUACGAUUACGGCUUACAGACGCCAGUACGACAUGACAAUUUCGAGCCCGUUUUCGAUUCCGAUCAGCAUCCCGUAUCAGUAUGGUUCUGAAGCUGAUGCCGGAGUGAGUAACAGCAGCGAUGUACGGCACCUACCAGCAGCAAGAUCGUCUCACGGAGGAUGAAAUACUGCAGGGUAUGCUGGAGAGGCGGCAUCACUUUGCCAAGCUGGACAAUAGCCGAGGAUAUCAGCACACUUUUAGGAGAAAAUCAAGAUGGGAACUGGUGCGGUUAUCGCUUCUGAUUGUUGGGAUCGAGUGUACGUACGCAACGGAAACGGCCCUGGUAGCACCGAUCCUGCUCGGCAUUGGACUUCCUCACACGAUCAUGACCAUGAUCUGGGCAACACCGUCGAUCGCUGGUUUGCUCUUUGCACCCGUCAUUGCUUCCGUGAGCGAUCGGUUAAGAUCUCGCUGGGGACGUCGACGGCCGGUGAUGCUCGCCCUGGGCAUCUCGAUCCUCACCGGUAUGCUCAUCCUUCCCAAUGGAUCUGCCAUCGGGGAACUGCUCGGGCUGACCAGUGUAGGGUGGUUGGCAACGAUCACAACGAUCGGUCUGAUUAUGUCGGACUUUUCGGCCGAAACGAGCAACGGUAUGUGCCGGACGUACGCUAUGGAGGUGUGCACGAUACGUGAUCAGGCAAGGGUUCUGAGCAUUAUGGUGCUGACGGGUGGGAUCGGUGCUACGAUGGGUGCAUUGUUCGGUGCGAUCGAUUGGAACCGGCUCGGCAUUGGACGCUACCUGGGUGGAAACGAUGCGUCCGUGUUUGCGGCCAACUGGAUCGUGCUGUUCGUGGGACUGUUGGUUACGUUGACAAGCUUCUCGGAGAUUCCGUUGCCAGUGCAGGAAUCGGAACCGAUGCUGCGUCCCGUUACACAGAAGAUGUUGCUGGACGAGGUGAAACGUGUGGAUGGAGGUGGUGGGGUGGAGGUGGAACAGGAGGAUGUGCAAGAGGUGGUUGGAUUCAAGCAGUUUCUGCUCAACGUUCUGCAUAUGCCACGGUCGAUGAAGGUCCUGUGUCUGACGCAACUGCUCAGUCAUAUGAGCUACCUAACGUACUGUCUGUACUAUACGGAUUUUGUCGGAGCUACUGUGUACGAAGGAGAUGUCAGGGCUUUCAAAGAUUCGCCAGCCGCCCAACGGUACGCCGACGGUGUCCGGUUCGCCUGUCUCGGAAUGGCCCUCUGCUCCACAACCUCCUCCAUCUACUCGAUCUUCAUCGAACGGCUGAUCGUUCGGUUCGGUGCACGGUCCGUUUACGUUGGCGGUCUGCUGGCCCAUUGCUGUGGGAUGCUUGCGAUGGGACUGGUCCCGCACAAGGCGGUAGUGUUUUCGUGCUGCGCUCUUACCGGCAUCAUGUACGCCACCAUCUACUCCAUCCCCUUCCUGUUGAUCUCGCACUAUCAUUCUAAAAAUUGUUUUGUGGAAGUGGACGGCCAGUACGUGGAAAGUAUCGAGCGGCGAGGGUUCGGCGUGGAUGUUUCCAUGAUGAGCAGUAUGUUGUGUUUAGCGCAGUUGAUGGUGUCGUUAGCGAUCGGUUCAGUGAUUGAUGCGGUUGGAUCCACCAUUAUAAUUACCUUCAUCUCGUCUGCGUUCAUGCUGUGUGCCGCUGGGUCCGCCAUGGCUAUCCUUUACAUGGGAUUGUAGAAAAUAGUAUAUUAUUAGGAAAUGGGUCGAUCCUGUGGAUAAAAUUCCACCCAGGCCGGCACGCUGGACUAACUUUCCUGCUAGUUUAUAAUAAGGACACAGGAAGCAAGAAAUGGAAUACCUUUCGAGGUUGUAGUGCCAAAGGAGUAGAAGAAGGAAAUGCUACACUUUGAUCUUAGCCUUUAGGCCGAGAAGCGAUAGAGGAAGGAAAUGUUAAUUAAACUUUUAUUUAAGACUAUAGAACAUUUACAUAAAUAAGUAUAGCUUUUCCUUGUACUCUUCACGAGCUCUUUGUUUUAAUAGCGCUGAAAGAGCUGUCUUAAAUCAUAGAUAAAAUCUCUUACCCAGGCUUGAAGUUUAUUCAAAGAAUAGAAAAAUAAAAGCAAUUAAAAUAACUAUUCAAA